AUGCUAUAUGGAGACCAGGCCAUGUUCUGCCGGGCACAAGACUUUGUGCGCAUUGGAGGGUUUGAUGAGAGGCUGGCCAUCUUGGAAGAUGCUGACCUCUCAGAAAGGAUUCAUGUGGAUGGCUGGCGACAAAAUAUGCCAGUUCGCAGAGGUUCGCUUCGUGGCACUGGAGGGUCUGAUGGUCAUGGCAAGCUGAGAUUCAAGCGUGGCGUCGCGCUCUUAGUCUCUGAUAGAUCGGCGCUGCGCGUUUUUGAGGCGGCUCAAAAGUCGUUCCCCUUUGCGAUUGGCGCUCUGGCUACUUCGACUGUCGUUGCGGAAGCGUCGUUGCUUUCGACGUCUGAGGACUCGACGUCUGCGGCGUCGAUGGUGCCGCAAGGUGCUGCGAAAAUGAGCUCUUUCGAGGUCGAGGAUAGCCCCUACAACAACGACAAGCGGCGGCGGUCCAACAGCCUCUUCGUGCGAGCGGGUGUGUACCUGCAGCAGUCGCCGGCGCUUCAGUUCGCCGCCUUCCUCUGCACGCUCGUUUUCCUCUGGGGCAUCACCUUCGCACUCUCCCCCAACCGCCUGCCGUAG